GUGCACGCUUUUAGCUGCAAAUUUAUUUCAUUUUAUAUAGGUUUCAAUAAAUCUUGUAAAUUUCGGUUAUCUUCCUUGCUCUUCCUUGCAGUAUUUAACCUCAACUCUUGCUCCGUACUAUCACCUCUGUGUUAACGAUAUUCGUCGUCAAGAGUACUUGUGAACCAUCUGCCCUAUCCCUCGCAAGAAAGUUACCACAGGGAAUAAAAAAUUACGUGACUCAUGCUCAUGUUUGACAGACGGCAGGAGUGAAAGAGAAAGUUAGAAAUCAAUCAUCGUAAUCGUCAGUGGCGGAUAUGAGGCUACGAUCCUCGAGCCAAAAACAAGAAAACACAACAACAACAACAAACAAACAAUCAUCGUAAUCAGUUUAAUAGCGCGCAGUGAAUUCAGUGAAUUGUUUAAUUAUUAAAUCUAAAUUGAUUCAUCCACGUAGUGAGUGGAAAAACUAGUUCAAUUGAGAUUGUGAGCAAUCAUCCUUCCGUGACAAUACCUGAAAAGAAAGAAGAAUAAAACACUGAAUAUGUAUGAAAUAAGUAUACUUACCAUAGAAUAAUAAUUAAUGAAUUGAAUAAAUUACAGCCUUUUAGCUGCUUAGUUUGGCAACUGUAUAGACGGUGUUUACUUUCUGGAACAUUUCUAAAAGGAUAUUCAUCCUAAGUUGGAUGUUUGGAUAGUCAUCCUUGGAAGUUCCUUCGACAGACGUACCGUCCGGAAGAUAGUCUACUGUGCCGAGAAGUACAUACCGAAGACGACCGCUCGGAAGUGAGGUUUGAGAGUGCAAACAUCGAUCGCUAUAAUUAUAUACGAUAGUUUUCUGUCACCCACUAUUCGCGAGUCCCGUACAGUUUAGGAAAUAAUGAAAUAAAUUGUAUAAACUGUUUAGGGAAAGUUAGGUCGCUAUUUCGGUUAAAAUAAUCGUUCGAAAUGUCAGACGAACGAAAUAAUUUGACAUCGGGUGAUAAUGGUAGGCACUGCAAGAGGUGCGAUCGUGUCGAUGCCGAUGACGACAUGGUAUGUUGCGAUAUGUGUGAAUCGUGGAUUCACUUUCAGUGUGCUGGUGUAAGUGAAUCUAUUGCUGAACCGGAUCGGAGUUUCAAGUGCAGUAAAUGCUUGGCGGAUUGGGAUGGCGAAUCAAAAUCAGCUGUUUCUUUCAACGAGUCAUCCGUCAGCAAGAGUAGUCGAGCAUCGCAGAAACUACAGCUGAGUCUUCAACUUCUUAAGGAGCAACAAAACUUAAAGAAGAAGCGUGCAGAAGAGGAGAGGAAAUCCCGGAAGUUGGAAGAAGAAGCGAAACUGAAGCAAAUCGAUGAAGAGCAGGAGUAUUUAAGGAAACGAUAUGCAUUGCUGCUUCAGAUUGAAGAGGAUAAGGAUUCUAGCAGAUCGAGUCGAAAAAGCGGAGUUAGUGUGAAGAGGAGGUGUGAACAGCUGGAGAACUGGCUUAAUAAGGGAACACAAGUUGACAAAACGGGACAGUCGAAGCCUACAAUGUCAGAACAGGAAGUUACCCUGCCAGUACCAGUCGUUUGCCUACAAAAUGACGUUCAGGUAUCAAAGCCAACGUCACUUGUCUCAACCAUUUGUACUUCGACUGUUCCGGAUAUUCUUCAUCCGAAUCCAGCAGUUCCAGUUUCCAGUGGAAGUCUUGGUGCUUUGGCGAAAUCGUACGAAUUGUUUGCAUCGAUACCGGGAAACACGACGUUAAAUUCGUGUUUGGUUUCUACGGCAGUUCCAGCUACAGUAGUAGCUACGAUAAGCGGAAAUUGUAUCACGACGGUCGCUACUGCGUCAACGAGUGUUUCAUCAAUUCAUGCACCAGUUUCUACUACGUUUCCAAAUUCGAAUCUACCCAGUAUUACGGAUGCUCUAAUGCAUAUAGCGCCUGUCUAUUCGUAUCCGAGAAUGAACAAUGGACAAGGACUCCAGUUGUUUACUCCAAUGCCUUCGUUGCAGUUAUCUGACAGAAGCGUAACCAAUUCAAGACCUGUUAUUUCUUCGAAUACAGGUAUAUAUUCAACAGUCCAGUACCCUUCUACUUCUUCUGCGGCGGUUUCCGGAGUCCCUUGGUUACCGGAAGAUCCCGUUUUGAAUAAUUAUCCACCAGCAAGCGUGCCCUUUUCUACUGUAAGAUCAGGAGCGAUACCGUCUGCAAUACCAUCAUCGCUAGGAAUGUACGGAAAUGGAAACCAUGUUCCAGUUAGCGUAGGGCCUAAUAGCGCUCAGUUGGCGGCUAGGCAGGUUAUGCCACGCGAAUUACCGAAGUUUAACGGAGAUCCUCAAGAGUGGCCUAUUUUAUACAGUUCAUUCAAGAACACAACGGACGUUUGUGGAUACACCGACGCCGAGAAUCUAGCAAGAUUACAGCGUUCUUUAGGAGGUCCCGCCCUGGAAGCAGUAAGAAGUCGCUUACUUUUGCCAGCAUCCGUUCCGUACGUGAUGGGAACGCUACAAAAGCUCUAUGGUAGACCCGAGAUUCUUAUCAGUUCUCUUCUGAAGAAGGUGCGAAACGUUCCACCGCCAAAGUCGGAAAACCUUAGUUCCAUCGUCUGCUACCGGCUAGCAAUACAAAAUCUCGUUGAUCAUAUUGUUUUGGCUGAGCAGCAAGCGCAUUUGUCGAAUCCGAUGUUACUUCAAGAGUUGGUCGAUAAAUUGCCCACUUCGUUGAAGAUGCAAUGGGGUACGUUCAAACAAGCGUACACAAACGUCAACUUGGCGACUUUCAAUGAUUUCAUGUCGGGACUAGUGAAUCUAGCUUCCGAGCUGAGUAUUGAUGUGGUUUCCGCUCAAAACUAUCAGCAGUCGCAAAGAGCGGAAAAGCAAAAGCAAAAGGAGGAACUCACGUGGGCAUGUCGCCGAAUAAAUCGAACAUGGACAGUACAGUCGAGAAAUCCACAUAAAAAGCGUGUUCUUACUGUGAGAAAAACAACCAUCAGAUUCUAAAUUGUCGCAGUUUCAAAUCGUUGGACGUGGGAGGUCGCUGGAAGGCAGUUCGGCAGAAGAACUUGUGUCGAUUGUGCUUGAUUCCGCAUCGUAGUUGGCCGUGUCGAUCGAAGAAAGAAUGCGGG